AUGGCUCUGCCACCCUUCUUCGCUCCGGGUCGCCCCGGCCCGCCGCCCCCGCAGCCGCCGCCUCCCGCUCCCUUCGGCUGUCCGCCGCCGCCACUACCCUCCCCGGCCUUCCCGCCGCCUCUUCCCCAGCGGCCUGGCUCCUUUCCGGGGGCCUCCGCCCCCUUCCUCCAGCCUCCGCUGGCUCUGCAGCCCCGGGCCCCCGGGGAAGUCUCCCGCGGGGGCGGCGGAGGUGGCGGCGGCGGCUCCUUCUACCCGGUGCCGCCACCUCCGCUGCCUCCGCCGCCGCUCCAGUGCCGGCCCUUCCUAGGGAGCGACGCCGGUGAGCGCCCGCGGCCGCCGCCUCCAGGCCCGGGGCCGCCCUGGAGCCCGCGCUGGCCUGAGGCACCGCCGCCGUCCGACGCGAUCGGGGACGCGGCCCUGCAGCGCCUGCGCGACCGGCAGUGGCUAGAGGCGGUGUUCGGAACCCCGCGGCGGGCCAGCGGCUCGGUGCCCCCGCGCGCGCCCGCCGGGCCCAGCCUGGGCGAGGUGCGCGCCCGGUUGCGGGGGGCCCUGCGCCUGGUGCGGCGGCUGCACGACUUGGGCCAGGCCCUGCGCGAGGCCGAGGCCGACGGCGCGGCUUGGGCGCAGCUGCAUGCGCAGGCACAGCCGCUGCGCGCCGAGCUGGCCGAGCGGCUAGAGCUGCUGACCCAGGCCGCUUACGUGGGCGAGGCGCGGCGCCGGCUGGAGAGGGUCCGGCGCCGCCGCCUGCGGCUUCGCGAGAGGGUCCGGGAACGCGAGGCCGAGCGGGAGGCGGAGGCCGCGCGGGCAGCUGAGCGCGAGCAGGAGAUUGACCGCUGGAGGGUCCAGUGCGUGCAGGAGGUGGAGGAGAAGAAGCGGGAGCAGGAACUUAAAGCUGCUGCUGAUGGUGUCUUAUCUGAAGUGAGGAAGAAACAAGCCGACACCAAAAGAAUGGUGGAUAUUCUUCGGGCCUUGGAGAAAUUGAGGAAACUUAGGAAAGAGGCUGCGGCAAGGAAAGGGGUCUGUCCUCCAGCCUCAGCAGAUGAGACUUUUGAGCAUCACCUUCAGCGACUGAGAAAACUCAUUAAAAAGCGCUCUGAACUCUAUGAAGCUGAAGAGAGAGCCCUCCAAGUUAUGUUAGAAGGAGAACAAGAGGAAGAGAGGAAAAGAGAAUUAGAAAAGAAACAGAGGAAAGAAAAAGAGAAAUUUUUACUUCAGAAGCAUGAAAUCGAGUCCAAGUUAUUUGGGGAUCCAGAUGAGUUCCCGCUCGCUCAUCUCUUGCAGCCUUUCCGGCAGUAUUACCUCCAAGCUGAGCACUCCCUGCCAGCACUCAUCCAGAUAAGGCAUGAUUGGGAUCAGUACCUGGUGCCAUCUGAUCAUCCCAAAGGCAGCGCCAUUCCUCAAGGAUGGGUCCUUCCUCCGCUCCCCAGCAACGACAUCUGGGCAACGGCUGUUAAGCUGCAUUAG